CCGCCUGGUGUGAGUUCCGCGCCAUCGAUGGUGACUGGCUCGGUGCCAGCGCCCAUGAUGCCAUAUCAAGUUCCUCCCGGCCAGGCUAUGAAUCCGGCAAUGAGACCUUAUGCUCCAAUACCGAAUGGUUAUGUGGCUACUCCGCAAGGGACCAUGACUCCUGCCGUGUCUUGAUUGAAUACCAAGGGGGAGGUUGGAAGGCUACAUAUUGCUUAAGAGAUCCACUUCUACAACUCCUUUUUUGGUAUGCAAAUAUUCACCUGGUUCUUCUUGAUUACCCUUAGAAUAAAGCUAGUUUUGAUGAAUGCUUUUAUUUUAUGCACUUAUACCAGCCCUGUAACUUUCACUUUAACUUUCAAGUUAAAGGAUACGACACAAUUCAGUGUUAUUGCUAAAUUAUGUCUGGGUUCAUUUUAGUAGGCUACUUUGUGGUAGUUAUAAGGCCUCUUUCCCUUUUCACGGGUCUAUGAUUUACAAGCAGCAGAUCAUCUUACAACCUGAGUGCUCAUCCUUAUGUUGUAAGGUAUUGCUAUCCUUUCAGUUAGUCUAUCUAUUUUUAUUCCUCCUAUCUGCUUUUUUUUUUUUUUCUUUGUUUUAUUUUUGCUCCACAUUGGUUUGCUAACAAUUGAGAUAAGUUAAAGUGACAAUAUCUAGUAGUUCAGUUUUGUAUACUUAAGAUGGCAAGACUCAAUCCGGGGGAAAGAACUCCCUUAACCUUAGUUGGAAGCUAAACCAAAUCUAAGCUUGUAGGCUCGUAGAGAAGCAAUUUUGCAGACACUUUUGAGCAUGAGAUACUUGAAGUCUCAUGCAACAUGAUCUCAAAAUUAUUUUUUGCAAUUGGUGGAUGGAAUAGUUUGAUGAUGAAAUGGGUGAUGAGGUAAGCCAGCUUUACAUGUCCAUGUUUAUGAAUUCGAUGCUUUAUUCCUAAUGUUUCCUUCAGGUUGUCUGAUCAGCUGGCGAUAGUUGCCAUGCCUGUUGAUGCCAUCUCUAAUAUGAUUUUAUGUGUGGUAACAACAUUUUAUUAAUUUCUUGUAUUGUCUAUCAGAGGAAAAAUAAUUUUUGACUACUUAAUUUGUAGCCAUGCACUGACAUAUCUGCAUAGAUGCUUGUUUUUUUGUGUGCAGGACUUGCUCGAUAUCCUUCUCCGUACCCAGCUAUGGUUCGGCCUUCAUUUCCUCUACAACCACUUGGAGCUGUUGGCAUGCUUCCAGGAGUGGCACGUCCCCAUGUUCCAGGUAUCCCUGGGGUUCGACCAAUUAUCACACCUAUUGUGAGGCCAGUUGUUCCUUCUGUUACACCAGCAGAGAAACCUCAGACUACGGUAUACGUUGGCAAGAUAGCACCAACAGUGGAUAAUGAUUUUAUGCUCUCUCUCCUUCGGUUAUGUGGACCUGUUAAGAGCUGGAAACGAGCACCAGAUCCUACAGAUGGGACUCCUAGAGGAUUUGGAUUCUGUGAAUUUGAGUCAGCUGAUGGGGUUCUACGUGCAUUAAGACUGCUUAGUAAAUUUAAUAUUGAUGGACAGGAGCUGGUGUUAAAUGUUAAUCAAGGAACGAGAGAAUAUCUCAAGCGAUAUGUGGAAAAGAAAACUGAAAAUGCGAAGAAACUAAAGGAAGGUCAAGCUGCCGAGGAUGGGAAAGAAGUGGAUAGUGCUUCAGGUGUUGAGAAGAAUGAAGUUCUUAAAUCCUCUGUUGAAGACUUGGAGGAGGAGAAUGAUGCGGAGAGUAAAGGUAAUAAUAAUGUUUCCAACUUUGCGAUUGUAACUGAUGAAGACAGGGAAGGUGAUCAAGAUGCCCUAGAGAAGCUUACAAACAUGAUAGAAGAGAGAUUAAAGACCAAACCGCUGCCUCCACCUCCUGCACAAAUACCUGCUGAUGGUUCUGGCGAUGCAAACCCAGAAUUGCUGUCUAAAUUGAGGGAGGGAGACACUGAUGUUUAUGUAACUAGAAAUGAUGCAGUCGAUGAUAGAAAUGAUGAUGAGACAACUAGCGACAACAAAGCAACAAGUGAGCAUGAUAGGCCUGAAACAAGCUCACCUGAAAGGAGUAGAAGAUAUGACAGAAGAAACCGAGAUAGGGAUAGAGAUAGAGACGUAAAACGAGACAAGGAACGAGAAAUUGAGAGAUACGAAAGAGAUGCAGAGCGAGAACGAGUAAGGAAAGAGAGGGAACAAAGAAGAAAGAUAGAGGAGGCUGAGCGUGAGUAUGUGGAGCGUCUUAAAGACUGGGAGUAUAGAGAGCGAGAACGAGAGAAGCAGCGACAGAGUGAGAAGGAGAAAGAGAAAGACAGGGAACGUAAACGCAAGAAGGAGAUUUUGUAUGAUGAAGAAGAUGAGGAUGAUGAUUCAAGGAAAAGGUGGCGAAGGAGUGCGCUGGAGGAUAAGAGGAGGAGGAGACAGCGGGAAAAAGAAGAUGACUUGGCUGACAGGCUAAAAGAAGAGGAAGAAAUUGCCGAGUCCGAGAAGAGGGCAGAAGAAGAACAGCAGCAGCAACUACAGAGAGAUGCAUUAAAACUUUUGUCCGGAUGUGUUAUUAAUGAAAUUGAGAAAAAAAUAAUGGUUGAAGAAACCAGUUCUGGAGGCGAAAAUAAAGCAAUUGAGCAGGAUUACCAGGAUGGAGGUAAUCUACAGCUUCCAGGUGACGGAGCCUUACAGAAUGGUACUAGUGAUGAUUCUGCCACGGUGUCGAAUGCGGAAUCAGAAAUUCGGCAGAGUGGCAAUGCCCCUGCAAGAAAGUUGGGAUUUGGUUUGGUUGGGUCUGGAAAACGAACUGCUGUUCCCUCUGUGUUCCAUGAGGAAGAUGAUGAUGCUGCCCACAAGGAUAAAAAGAUGAGGCCCCUGGUUCCCAUUGAUUAUUCAACUGAUGAACUGCAGGCUGUCCAACCUAGUGUUUCUGGAGCACAACCUGUAAAUCUGGCUGCGGCGGCAGAAUUUGCAAAGCACAUUUCACAUGUUGCUUCCAAAGAAGAGAAGCCUGAUGCAGAAAAAGAAAGAAGCAGACGUUCUCGUGAUCGUUCAGGUCAGAGGGAUAGAGACAGGAAUGAUGAGGAUAGUAGUCGCACCAGAGAUGAGGACAAAGGGAAGACUUAUGACCGAGAGAGGCACCGAGAGGCGAAGACACCGGAUACUAAGAAGCUCUUGGAUGCAAAACAACUGAUUGAUAUGAUCCCAAAGACCAAGGAGGAAUUAUUCUCUUAUGAAAUAAAUUGGGCUGUGUAUGACAAGCAUGAAUUGCACGAGAGGAUGAGACCAUGGAUAUCCAAGAAAAUUACAGAGUUCUUGGGAGAGGAAGAAACCACCCUCGUAGAUUACAUUGUAUCGAGUACUCAAGAACAUGUGAAGGCAUCCCAAAUGCUGGAGCUGCUUCAGUCUAUAUUAGAUGAAGAAGCUGAAAUGUUUGUCCUGAAGAUGUGGAGGAUGCUCAUUUUUGAAAUUAAGAAGGUGGAGACAGGUCUUUCUGCGAAGUCAAGAAGGUAGCGGAACUCUACCUUAUUCUCGUCCUGCACACAAAAUGAUGCAUAACCAUUGAUUUUCAAGGGCCUAGUUUCUGGUUAGACAAUAGACUGUAUGGAGCUCAUUUUUUGCUGCCUUUCACUUGCCAUAAGCAUCUUCCGCUGGUUCUUGUAUCAAAAGCUGCUAAUAGUUUGUUGGAUCUUUGUAUUCAUUUGUCAAAACAAAGUAAUAAUUGUAGUUUAAUUCAUGUGCUCGAGUCUC